ACACAAAGUUAAGCAAGGACAUGGCUUUGAUCAACAAGAUCCUUAACAUUUUUCUUCCUAUUGUCACGGUUUCGCUUCUUCUAGUGUACAUGCCGUUUUCAAUAUUCUUCAAGCUCUUUAGCUUCAUAAGGAAUAGCAAAGAGUCCGAGAAAGUCAACGGAAAAGCCGUCAUCAUCACCGGAUCUUCCUCAGGGAUUGGUGAGCACCUUGCGUAUGAGUACGCGCGUAGAGGAGCAUACUUGACCUUAGUAGCUCGGAGAGAGGAUCGUCUCCGACUUGUGGCUAAUCGGUGCCGGAGGCUUGGAUCACCUGACGUUGCCGUGGUGCGUGGUGAUGUCUCAGUCACUGAAGACUGUAAACGUUUUGUCGAAGAAACCAUCUCUCGUUUUGGAAGACUGGACCACCUGGUGAACAAUGCGGGGAUUGCGGAGGCCAAGUUUUUCGAAGAUUACUCACAAAUCUCUGAUGUUCUUCCCAUUAUGAAUACCAACUUUUGGGGACCCGUUUUCACGACACAUUUUGCUAUACCACACCUAAAGAAAACCAAAGGAAAGAUAAUCGCAGUCGCGUCGCCUGCCGGAUGGUCUGGAGUGCCAAGGAUGAGUAUCUAUGCUGCAAGUAAAGCAGCUAUGAUAAACUUCUACGAGACUCUUAAUAUCGAACUUGGUCCGGAAAUUGGUGUGACAAUCGUGUUUCCAGGUCUAAUUGAAAACGGAAAUACCAGUCCAGAUCUUUUAGCUGAGAAACAAGAAUGGUCGCAAGUUGUUGCUAUCGAGUCAGCAGCGGAAUGCGCCAAGGCCGUUGUCAAUGGAAUCUGCAGGGGGAAAACCUUUUUGGCAGAGCCGUCAUGGGUCCGAAUUCUCUUAUGGCUUAGUAUACUGUGCCCUGAAUUGUUAAUCUCGAAGCUUAAAAGAAACUGAGCAGUUGUAUUGUAAAACGAUUAAAGAUAUUGGUCCUAAAUAAAAUCUACUCA